AUGCAAACAAUUGUGGUGCUGGUUAUUCUCUGUGCUGCUGGAAAAGUUUAUGGAGGCUGUUCCGGUCAGUGCACGUGUCCUCCAACACCCCCCUCGUGCCAAGUAGGAGUGAGCUUGGUGCUGGAUGAGUGCGGCUGCUGUAAGGUGUGCGCGCAACAGUUUAACCAGGAGUGUGGCCCAGACAAACCAUGUGACCACAUCAAGGGCCUGCACUGCCACCUAGGGGCUGGAGGAGACUCACAGCAUGGCCUCUGCAGGGCGGAUGCUCAGGGUCGUCCGUGCGAGUUUGGUGGGCGCAUGUACCAGCACGGGGAGGAUUUCCAGCCCAGCUGUGAACAUCAAUGCAGCUGCAUGGACGGUGUAGUUGGCUGCAUGCCGCUCUGCCCUCAUCGUGUACCCCUGCCCACCUGGAGCUGUUCUAAACCCCACCUGAAAAAGCCCCCAGGGCAGUGCUGCGAAAAGUGGGUGUGUGAAGAUGACAAUCACAUCAGUGAAGACCCUCAUGAAGUGCUACCUCCUCAAGUGCACACCAACCGCAUUGACAACCUGCUGAACACAGGCGACGGCUAUCAGAACAGAGGAGGCGAUGCCUUUCAAGAGUGGGCAUCACUACCCAUGUCCAGAGUGCCGUUCCCAUCCUCCGAGUGUUUCCCUCAGACCACAGACUGGUCCGAGUGCUCCCAUUCUUGUGGCUUCGGUGUCUCUAGCCGCGUGACCAACAGCAACCCUCAGUGUAAACUUGUCCGUGAGACGCGCCUCUGCAAAAUUCAAGAGUGUGGCGUUGUUACAGUCGGCAAGAAAGGGAAGAAAUGCAGACGGACGCAGAGGUCCCGGGAGUCAGAGCACAUCUCAUUUGGCGGCUGCACCACAGUGCGAAAGUACCGGCCCAAAACCUGUGGCUCGUGUGUGGACGGCCGAUGUUGUCGGCCAUCAGAGACCCGCACGGUACGUCUGCGCUUCCACUGUCCUGAUGGAGAAAGCAUCACACGCAACAUCAUGUGGAUCGAACGCUGCAGCUGCAGCCAAAUUUACUGCAGUAUGAACACAGACAGUUCGGCUCCUUCUGUUAGCCUGCACAACGACAUCCACACCUUUUCACACUGAUCACAUACAC